UCUCGCGCACACCUGGCUACUCUACGCUUAUCCCGCAUCUCAUCCCUCUUCCUCCCUGCCCCCCAUUCAUGACCAAGCUGGCUGCGCUAUAUGGCGCGUCCGUGAAGACGGAGCGCAAGAUACUAGACGACAUCGAGGAGCACACCUUUCUAGCCCUUGAUCUCGGAGGAACGAACCUACGAGUUUGCGAGGUUACGCUACUCGGCAACCAUGAGUUCUCCAUGAAGCAACAGAAAUACAAGGUGUCUGAAGCACUGAAGACGGGUGAAGCUUCUGUGCUAUUCGACUAUCUGGCAGACUCUGUCGACGCGUUUCUUACGGAACAUUCAAGCGUCGGCGGUCCGAUCAGCCCCUCACAUGAUAUCGCCAAUCCUUUCGAUACCAUCUCUGCGCCUGCCGUGCCGCUAGGCCUUACCUUCAGUUUCCCGGUUGAGCAGACCGCAUUGAACCAGGGCAAGAUCCUCACGUGGACGAAGGGAUUUUCAGCAAAGAACGCAGUCGGCAACGAUGUCGUUCGUCUCCUUCAAGAUGCUUUCGACAGGAAACAUCUACACGUCCGUUGUGUGGCCUUGGUAAACGAUACCGUCGGUACGCUACUUUCGCGAGCAUACAGCGCCGGAUCGUGUCUUCUCGGUGCUAUUUUCGGCACCGGUACCAACGGCGCGUACGUCGAGAAGGUCGACAACAUCACGAAGCUUGGUGACUCUCCAGCACGGAAGGACGGCGGCUACAUGAUCAUCAACACGGAAUGGGGCGCGUUCAACAACACUCGCACGAAGCUGCCGACGACGCCCUACGAUAACAAGUUGGACCGCGAGUCGAUCAACCCGCGCUAUCAAGCGUUCGAGAAGUUCAUCUCGGGCAUGUACCUCGGCGAAAUCACGCGGAAUAUCCUCCUCGCACUCGUCGACGCUGCGCCCAAAUCGCUUCUGUUCAAUGGUAGGGCGAGCGUUGCCCUGAACACGCACUACGGCCUCGAUACCGCUGUCAUGAGUGAGGUCGAAGAGGCGUGGGAGUCGGGGCGCGACACUGAGGUCAAGAGUGCACACUUCACGGACGUGGAGGCGCUGGGUCCCCAGGACCUCUCGCGCCUCGAGCGGAUCCGUGGCAUUCUUGUCCAGAGACUCCUGCUCGAGCCUGAGGAUGUCUCUCUGCGAGAUGCGGCGACUGUCCGCUGGGCAGCUUCGUUGGUGGCGAACCGCGCGGCAAGGUUGAGCGGUACUGCGCUCGCUGCGGUGCUUGUACAGACUGGACACGCGACACUUGGUGGAGGCACACCCGAGCCUGAGGAGAACAUCAUCAUUGGUGUCGAUGGCAGUUUGAUUCAACACUACCCUAACUUCCAGACUCGUCUCCGUGCAUCACUUAGUGCUCUUGUCGGAGAAGCGGUGGAGAAGCGAGUUGAGAUCGAUUUGGCCAAGGAUGGGAGUGGUGCAGGAGCUGCGCUGUGCGCCCUGCAGGCCGUCAAGCAAGGCCUGUAGUCCCAUCCUCGAGCCUCGCACCUUCAUAACGACAACAUACUGUAUUACCACACACUUUAAUGUUCAAGUAGUACCAAUUGUAUCGUCCUGACGUUUGUCUGAUGUUGUUGUACUGGUUCGGAACUAGAAGAGAAGAGGUGUUGCAAUUGGUAUCUGGACUUCGUAGCAGCAGUACUAUUGAACAUAGAAUGUAGCACAGCAAGGAGAGAAAAAUCAAGUACAAUGGUACCAUGGUG